AUGGAUGUGGCUGGAGCCUCCUGCUCCAGCUCGGAGGCGUUGGCAAGGGAGCUGCUUCUGGCCGCACUAGAGGACUUGAGCCGGGAGCAGCUGAAGCGCUUUCGCCACAAGCUGCGGGAUGCACCCCUGGAUGGCCGGAGCAUCCCGUGGGGGCGACUGGAGAACUCAGACCCCGUGGACCUCGUCGACAAGCUGACCCAGUUUUACGGGUCAGAGCCAGCCGUGGAUGUGACCCGAAAAAUCCUGAAGAAGGCAGAUGCUCGAGAUGUGGCCAUGCGGCUCAAGGAGCAGCAGCUGCAGCGGCUCGGCCCCAGCUCAGCAGUUCUCUCCGUGUCCGAGUACAAGAAGAAAUACCGUGAGCACGUGCUGCUACAGCACGCCAAGGUGAAGGAGAGGAACGCCCGCUCGGUGAAGAUCAACAAGCGCUUCACCAAGCUGCUCAUCGCGCCGGGGAGCGGCGCCGUGGAGGACGAGCUGCUGGGGCCGUCGGGGGAGCCCGAGCCUGAGCGUGCGAGGCGCUCUGACACACACACCUUCAAUCGGCUCUUCCGGGGAGAUGACCAGGGCCUGCGGCCGCUGACCGUGGUGCUGCAGGGCCCGGCAGGCAUUGGCAAGACCAUGGCCGCCAAGAAAAUCCUCUACGACUGGGCGUCAGGCAAGCUAUACCACGGCCAGGUGGACUUCGCCUUCUUCAUGCCGUGCGGCGAGCUGCUGGAGAGGCCGGGUACGCGCAGCUUGGCAGACCUGAUCCUGGACCAGUGUCCGGACCGCAAGGCGCCGGUGCGGCAGAUCCUGGCGCAUCCCCAGCGCCUGCUGUUUAUCCUGGACGGUGCGGACGAGCUGCCUGCUGUAGUAGCCCCGGAGGCCGCGCCCUGCACAGACCCUUUUGAGGCUAUGAGUGGCUUGAGAGUACUGAGCGGACUGCUAAGCCAGGAGCUGCUGCCCUUGGCUCGCUUGCUGGUCACUACACGCAAUGUCGCCCCCGGGAGGCUGCAGGGCAGACUGUGCUCGCCACUGUGCGCAGAAGUGCGCGGCUUCUCAGACAAAGACAAGAAGAAGUAUUUCUUCAAGUUCUUCCAGGAUGAGAGGAAGGCCGAGCGCGCUUACCGCUUCGUAAAAGAGAACGAGACGCUGUUCGCACUGUGCUUCGUGCCUUUCGUGUGCUGGAUCGUGUGUACUGUGCUGCAGCAGCAGCUGGAGCUGGGCCAGGAUCUGUCUCGUACUUCCAAGACCACGACAUCGGUGUACCUGCUCUUCAUCGCCAGCAUGCUGAAAUCUGCAGGCGCCAAUGGACCCCGGGUACAGGGAGAACUGCGCACACUGUGCCGCCUGGCCCGGGAGGGCAUCUUGAAUCAUAAAGCACAGUUCUCAGAAAAUGAGAUAGAGCGGUUGAAGCUUCAGGGCUCCCAAGUUCAGGCACUGUUUCUCAGCAAGAAGGAAUUGCUGGGCGUGCUAGAAAAGGAGGUCACCUACCAGUUCGUUGACCAGAGCUUCCAAGAGUUCUUGGCUGCAUUGUCCUACCUAUUGGAGGCUGAGGGGGCUCCGGGGGCACCAGCCGGAGGUGUGCAGAAGCUCCUGAGCUCUAACGUAGAGUUGCGUGGUUAUCUUGCACUCACCACUCGCUUCCUCUUUGGACUACUGAGUGCAGAGAGGAUUCGUGACAUUGAACGACAUUUUGGCUGUGUAGUGCCACAGCGUGUGAAACAGGACACCCUGCGGUGGGUACAAGGACAGAGCCACCACAAGGUGGCACCAGUAGGGGCAGACAAGAAGGAUGAGCUGGAGGACACUGAGGAACCAGAGGAGGAAGAGGAGGAUCUCAAUUUUGGUCUGGAGCUGUUGUACUGCCUGUAUGAGACACAAGAGGACACCUUUGUUCAACAGGCUCUCGGCAGCCUUCCAGAGAUGGUCCUGGAGCGAGUUCGGUUCACUCGCAUGGACCUGGAGGUCCUGAGCUACUGUGUGCAGUACUGCCCGCCUGGGAAGGCUCUGAGACUGGUCAACUGUGGGCUGGUGGAGGCAAAGCAAAAGAAAAAGAAGAGUCUGGUGAAGCGGCUGACGGGUUCUCGAAACACCACGAAACAAACCCCAGUCUCCCUGCUGCGUCCACUCUGUGAGGCCAUGACUGCCCAACAAUGUGGUCUGAGUAUUCUGAUCUUGUCACACUGCAAACUCCCUGAUACAGUUUGCCGAGACCUCUCUGAGGCCCUGAAGGUAGCGCCAGCCCUAAAGGAACUGGGCCUCCUCCAGAACCAGCUCACUGAGGCAGGCCUGCGUUUACUGUGUGAAGGACUGGCUUGGCCCAAGUGCCAGGUGCAGACACUCAGGGUGCAACUGCCUAGCCUCCAAGAAGCAAUCCAGUACCUGGUCAUCGUGCUCCAGCAGAGCCGGGCCCUGACCACCCUGGACCUCAGUGGCUGUCAGCUGCUUGGUUUCAUGGUGUCCUGCCUGUGUUCAGCCCUGAAGUACCCUACAUGCUGCCUAAAGACACUCAGUCUGACCUCUGUGGAGCUGAGUGACCUGUCACUGAGGGAGCUUCAAGCUGUGAAGACAUCAAAGCCAGAUCUGACCAUCCUCCAUUCAAAACUAGACACAAAGCCUCUCAAGGGAUGAAGCAGGGUCUUCUGAGACCCUGGAGGCCAGAACAGGGGCAAGGAUGCUGCAGCCGAAGCCCUUAGGAAGAUGGCCUCCCCAUUCAAAAGCAGGGGGAUGCCAGUUUCUCCGUCCAGGCAAGUCUCUCAAGCCAAGAAGCCACAGAAGGGCAAGCAAAGGACCCAGGUAGAUACAGGGCCUUGAUAGCUCCUGGAUAGGCCUGACACAUGCCCUGCCUUGAACACUCUGAGGUUACUCUUCCCCCAGCCCCACAGCUACUGCUGCCUUCCUUUCUGGGCCCUCCAAUCUGUCCCUUGCAGAUAAUCCCAGCAGUAAUAAGAAUAUUCAAUAACUGAACAUACUGUUUAAUGGUGUUACUCAUCUUUGAUCUGGCCCACAUCUGUUGUAUGAGUGGAUGUGGGCCCCCAAGUACCACCUUCUGUAGGCAGAAGGUAGGUGGAUCACCAUUCCAAUCUGG